UACACCUUUGGGCGGCAAAUUGGCCAAGGGGGGUUUGGCACCGUGUACAUUGCUCAAGACAGAAGUAACGGCCAUGUAUACGCAGCGAAGGUGUUUAAAAUACCCAAUCAUAAUCAUAGGAGGCGAUACAAGCUUGAGGAGACUGCUCGCAACGAAGUUGAUAUGCUUCGGAGUCUCAACCACCCAAACAUCAUCAAGUUCGAAGAUGUGCUUGAUGAUCCCGGUCUGGUCCUAGUUAUGGAAUAUAUACCUGACGGGAAUCUCCUGGACUUUGGCGACACUACCAUGCCGGAGAAAUUGAUCGUGCUUAAGAGCAUUCUCAGCGCUCUAGGAUAUCUACAUGACAAAAACAUCACCCAUAGAGAUGCCAAGCCUGAGAAUAUUCUAAUCAAUCGCCCAUUUAUUCCUAAGCUUUCGGAUUUUGGGUUAUCGAGUGCGAAGGUGCGCUUAGUAACGCGAUGUGGGACGGAAGCAUAUCUGGCACCCGAAAUUCGGCAACCCGGGUACGACAGUAAGGUAGAUGUAUGGUCCCUAGGGCUGGUUUUGCUUGAGACGUUGUCCAUACUGCCGGAAGAU